UCUCAUAUUUCGAGUUCGUCGUUCGCUUUCCACUCAAUCCAAAAUGAUGUCACCUGACAGUGACGUGGUGUCACAUGACACCGAGACGGGAUCACCUGACAGACGAGGACCAAUCGUAGUUCAUGAAGGGGCUAUCAGUAUCAAGUCUCGUAUUAUGUUCUGCACCAGAUGGAAGUCAAAAUACGUCAAAGUGCGAGCUGAUACCAAACAGCUAGCCAUCUACGACAAAAAGGUAUCGGCCAAUUCUACGGGCAAGCGAGGGGAGUGCCUCCUAAUACAACUCAAGCAGGUUGUCGAAUGCAGAGCAGAUGUGACCAGCAAGAAACGGAAUAGCUUUCUCAUUCAGAAGACCCCAAAUGCUGGCUCCAGUCGCCAGAUCAUAUUUGGCUGUGUUAAUCCAGCGGAUCGGGACCGGUGGGUCCAUAUCAUUAAUGACGUCAUGAAUGGAACCAUCACCGGCCAAUCAGCGUUCGAUGAAGUAGUAGUUUCUUCGAGCGCCCUCACUCACAUGGUAAAGACCAGGCCAAAGAAUCCAGGUCGGAGACCACCGGGGCAUCGAUCAAGAGCAUUGGUCACGUCACCGACCGGUGAGAUCAGCAGCUUUGGAGAUGAUGCGGACUCCGGAGUAGGGGCAUCAUCAGAAUUAUUAGCUGCACAUAGCACGGUGCAUAAACUUGAUGGCGAUUCCAUCGAUGAGGUCAUCGAGCAAUCUCCUACGUCACAAGAGAGCGUCGAGCGACGGGCCGAGAGCAAUGAAUGCUUGAUGGAUAUCGAGGAGGACCCGAAGCCAAAGACUGAGAAGGUCUCUACGCUCCAAAGGCUCAAGAAACAAAAGAAAGGCGAGUCAAAGACUUCCAAACAAGAGAAGAACGCUUCGUUCUUUAGUCGACUCGGGUCGCGAAUCUCCCGUGCCCUGAGCAGGAGUCAGUCCACAGAGGAAUCAACCGAACAGUCAAAGAACAUCGAACAACGAACAGGGUCCAAGAAAGCUGAUGAACAGGAUCAACAGAUAGAGACAGAAGGAAUCAAAGAAGAGGAAACGAUAGAAGAGGUUAAGUUAAGCCCCACGUUUCACGCCAUGCCAUCCGUCACCAAGUCGGGCCACGAUAAAGUCAUCAUGGAACUUGCGGCGAUUGCUCAGAACGCGAAGCUCGUUGCGGCGAAAGCCGAAGCGCUGAAAUCGGCUCGGCUUCAAGGCGACAGCGAUUCCAGUGGCGAGGAAUCGUCGGGGACUAGUCGGACACUGUCCCGACGCGACUCCGAGAUGAACAUCGAACAGGCCGCUGAGAACCUAAGGACCACGCUCCAGAACCUAAGCGAAGCUGAACUGCUCGAGAUUGAGAAAACUGACAGUGACAACCUUCAGAAACCAGAAGUGAAACCUAAACCAGAUACCCCCAUGAAGAUGAAGAUGGAUAUGUCUGUUAUUAAUGAGAUGGAAGGAUUCUUUGCAAAGUCGAAUAAAUCUCUUAAAAAUAGCAAAGAGAACGGCGACAAAGCUCCCGCAACGGAAAGUGUAGAGGCGAAAGAAAAUCAUGACGUAAAGGGGAAAGAUGAGGACUUGGACGUAAAGGGGAAAGAUGAGGACUUGGACGUAAAGGAGAAGGAAAAUGGACACGAUGAUAGUGUUGAUUCAAAGAAAGAAGAGGAAGAGGAUGAAAAGAAGGAGGAGAAGGAUGAAAAGGAAGAUGAGGUCGGAGAGGAUGAAAAUGCGAAAGAAGAGUCAAAGACAGAUGAAUCCAGCAAUAUGAAAGAACCAGAAAGUGAGGAGAACGAAAAGGAGGAAGAGAAUAGAAAGGAAGAGGAAAUCGAUACAAACGUCAGUCAAGACAGCAAACAAGUUAAAUCUCAAGAGAAUGGGCCAGAUAACCUGAAACUAAACGGAGAUUUAAACGACGAUGGCAAAACAACGAACUAAUCUGCUUUCAUCUCUCAUAAUGCACUUGAAAUGACUAUUGAUAAUUCACUUGAUAAUCUUGCUAGUGAAAUAUAUUGUAACAGAUAAAAAAUAAGUUUAUAUUGACAGUUCAACAUAAUUGUCUUCAGAAGGGAAAUAGGAAUAUGCUCAUGAUUAACAUUUCACAUUUCGCUGCAUGAAUCACGUGCAUGUUUUGUGUUUGCAAUGAAGUAAUCGCAAAUAAGAAAAAUAAUGAUUCGUCGACAUAAGUGUCAUAUUUUUUAGGGAGGGGCAAGGGUCCUAAAAGAGGCACGCGGUGUCCCAUGAUCGUGUGACUCUCACAGUACAAGGCAAAUGUGUAGAGCGGAAGUGAAAUAAAAUGAAAGUGUAAUGUGAUGAAAGCAUUAUAAUUAAAGAGGGACUGCAUGUGAGCUGGGACCCGUUCCAGAAAUAGUUGUGUUUAACUCAUACCGAAUCAAUCGCAAAUCCCUAAAUACGCGCGUUUCAUUGGUUGAAAGUCAAGUUGCGUUUGAUAAAUUUGAAGUUGCGUUGAGCAUAACUCUUUUUGCAACGGGAAUGUUUGAGACGGCGCGAUUUUACUACUUUCCCAGAUGCUGCUUUAUCAAGGUUUGUCCAGGCCUUCCUUGUCUUUAAAUAACUAAUAGGUCGAAAAGUUUUGAUUGCCUUGACUCGAGAUUGACUUAAGUAUACGAACUUGAUUGUACACUCUAAAAACAAAUCAGUCAAAAAUGACUAUAGUUAAUAGGGUCAGCUGGGUGCAACUGUUAUUCUAGUCAUAUUUAACUAUUUCUAGUCGUAUUUUACUAGAACAGGGUUAUUUCUGACCAGAAUAUAUGUCAGAAAUGUGACUAUACAUAAUCAGUUGCACCCAGCUGACUACUGGUCUAGUCAAAUUGAUUGAUUUGUUUCAAGAGUGUAGAAUAACUUAAAAUUUGUCACUAUUCUUCCAAAAAGUAACAAAAUAUCUGUAUAUUUGCGCUGUUUUAUAUUUCUCUCAGUUGGUUAAAGUAUUUUCAUAGUAUUAUGUUUGAUGUAAAUUGUGUAAGUGCCAAUAACAAAACGACCACCUUCAAUCAUGUAUCCCUGCAAUUCGUUGGACUCUUAACUGUUUACGCGAUGCAUGUGAUCAUUCAGAUCAACUUAAAUCCUAUAAUAGGAUUUAAGUUGAUCUGAAUGAUAUACAGGUCCAUACUUCGAUGAAUA